ACCGGCGGGCACGACUGAGCUUCAUUCACCAACAGACUUUGCCUUCCAAGACGCCGCCCCUGAUUUCUUCGUCUUCACCCUUAUAAAUACUCUCUCCGUCACACAAAUUUCAUCAUAGACCAACAAUUCUUCAUCAUCCCAGCUUUCUCUGUAAUCCAUUUCUGUAGAUUUUCUGGUCAAGUAAGAUGGAUACUACGAUCGGAGCAGUGGAAGGGAGUCCAGGUCCCAGCAGCGACGCCAUCGGCUGCCUGCCUGGUAACGGCUCCGUUUCCACCAUCCAGAACUCUUGCCCCUCCACGGCGCUCGUCCCGUCCGAGGCCACGCUGGGGCGCCAUCUAGCGCGGCGGCUGGUCCAGAUUGGGGCAACGGACGUCUUCUCCGUCCCUGGGGACUUCAACCUGACGUUGCUGGACCACCUGAUCGCCGAGCCGGGGCUCAACCUCAUCGGCUGCUGCAACGAGCUCAACGCCGGGUACGCGGCCGAUGGGUUCGCGAGGUGCCGCGGCGUCGGCGCCUGUGUCGUGACGUUCACCGUCGGCGGCCUGAGCGUGCUCAACGCCAUCGCCGGGGCCUACAGCGAGAACCUUCCGGUGAUCUGCAUCGUUGGCGGCCCCAACUCCAACGAUUACGGGACGAGCAGAAUCCUCCACCACACCAUCGGACUUCCCGAUUUCAGCCAGGAGCUUCGCUGCUUUCAAACUGUUACUUGCUACCAGGCUGUUGUAAAUCACUUGGAGGAUGCGCAUGAACUGAUCGACACAGCGAUAUCAACGGCAUUGAAAGAAAGCAAGCCUGUUUAUAUCAGCGUCGGCUGUAACCUGCCGGCGAUUCCACACCCUACUUUCAGCCGCGACCCAGUUCCAUUUGCUCUGUCUCGGAAGUUGACUAAUGAGAUGGGUUUGGAGGCUGCAGUGGAAGCAGCUGCAGCGUUCUUGAACAAGGCCGUGAAGCCAGUAAUGGUGGGCGGGCCAAAGCUGCGAGUGGCGAAGGCUUCUGAGGCGUUCGUAGAGUUAGCCGACGCCAGUGGUUUCGCGCUGGCCGUGAUGCCGUCGGCAAAAGGACUGGUGCCGGAGCACCAUCCCCAUUUCAUCGGUACUUACUGGGGCGCGGUGAGCACGGGCUUCUGCGCAGAAAUUGUGGAGUCUGCCGAUGCCUACCUGUUUGCCGGACCCAUUUUCAACGACUACAGCUCCGUUGGCUACUCCCUGCUCCUGAAGAAGGAGAAGAUGAUCCUAGUCCAGCCCGAUCGCGUGUUGAUUGGAAAUGGCCCUGCAUUUGGAUGUAUUCUGAUGAAGGAUUUCUUGAAAGCAUUAGCCAAGCGGCUUAAGCACAACAAGACUGCCUUCGAGAACUAUCAUCGGAUCUAUGUUUCUGAGGGACAUCCUCUCAAGUGUGAGCCUAAGGAGCCCUUGAGAGUCAAUGUUCUGUUCCACCACAUUCAGAAGAUGCUGUCGAGCGACACCGCCGUGAUUGCCGAGACAGGGGAUUCUUGGUUCAAUUGCCAGAAGCUUAAAUUACCAGAGGGAUGUGGAUAUGAGUUCCAGAUGCAGUAUGGAUCCAUUGGCUGGUCAGUUGGUGCAACUCUGGGAUAUGCUCAGGCUGGAAAGAAUAAGCGAGUGAUUGCUUGCAUUGGUGAUGGUAGCUUCCAGGUGACUGCACAAGAUAUUUCAACAAUGCUGAGAUGUGGACAAAACACCAUCAUCUUCCUCAUUAACAAUGGAGGAUACACUAUAGAAGUCGAAAUCCAUGAUGGGCCCUACAAUGUGAUCAAGAACUGGAACUACACCGGAUUGGUAGAUGCCAUCCACAACGGCCAAGGCAAAUGCUGGACAACAAAGGUGCACUGUGAGGAAGACCUAAUUGAAGCAAUUGACACAGCAACAGGGGCCAAGAAAGAUUGCCUCUGCUUCAUAGAAGUGAUCGUUCACAAGGAUGACACAAGCAAAGAGCUGCUUGAAUGGGGCUCCAGGGUCUCUGCUGCCAACAGCCGCCCACCAAAUCCUCAGUAAUUCUCUGGGCUUGCAGCUCUUGGGUGGAUUAAGUCCUAAAAAGUUAAUUAUUCCUAAUAAAUAUGUUUUGUAAAUUUGUAUUCAGCCUCUGGCUUGCAUCUCCUGUAACUAUACGUAAACUGAGUUCCUUUUUUA